GUGUUAUAAAGGUUGGAUGUGUCUUCCGCUAAGGGGAAACUCUGCCGAAAUUUCGUGGACGCCGACACUUGUGAAAAUAUCGAGGGAGCUGAGUGUGGACAGCAAAGGGGAGCUGAAAUUCGUCAUUUCUCAAGGAGAAGAUGAAUGGGAGAGGAGGAGAUGCUAAUGGAAGAGGAGCUGUACAUGAGAAGACAAGUGAGCCACCGCCAUCAAAAGUUCAAGCUUUGGAUGGCUCCAACUAUGAGGAAUGGAGCGGGCGGAUGAGGAGUGCCUUCAAACGCUACAAGCUACUGAAGAUUGCUGUUGGGGAGGAGAAGAUGCCGGAAGAAGGCGAAGCACGGGACGAUGUGAAGCCGGUCCUUGACAAGAUCAAGGACACCUAUGCAAGGAUGGUAGCAGCGGGCAGCAGUGUAUCUCAGCUGCAGCAGUGCACCAAGAUCAUCUCGGUUUUGGACAACUCUUGGGACAACCUCAUCCCCACCCUCAACUCUCAGCAAGAUCAAUGGACACCUGAGAGGCUAAGGCAGCAGAUUCUGCAGGAGGACUUCCGCAGACGCCAUAAGAGCAAGGCCGAAGUGACCUUUGGACCAACCAGCUGCCGUGCUAAGCUUGGGAAGAAGGUGCUGUGGAGUCUGGAAGAGGAGACCAGCUGUAUCAAGGACCUAUGGCAGCUGCGCAUCAUCCCUUGGAAUGGGAAGACUCCAACAGCAGCAACGACAGCAGCGGCAAAGGCAACAGCAGGAGGAGAUGCAACUGCACCAACUGAUGGGGUCCUGGAAGCAGUCAAGAAAGUGCAGCAGCAGCAGACACAUGGUGAGGCAGCCGCUAUUUCUUGACAAUUGUGGAUGACCACACUCGGGCAGUGUGGGUUUACCCUUUGAAGAGCAAGGGGGAGGUGGCAGCGGCUGUCCUUAAGGAGUGGAUGCCUAGAGCUCAGAGGGAAUAUGGACACAAGGUGAA